AUGGAUAAUAGCCAAACAGCUAGUGCUCACCUUGAGCACAUGGAAUCGGUUUUGAUGCUGUACAACAAGGACCUGAGCAUGAUGAUUCAACUACGUCACACCAACAAUGUUGCUGCGCUAUCCCGAGUAACCCACCUGAAGCCUAUCAAGGCUAAUGUGACGCGAUGGUCAUCUACAUACCAAAUGCUACAGCGGUACAUGAAGAUACGCGAUGCAAUUCUUACCGUCAGUGCUGUGGAGGAGCUCGUUCCGCGAGGGAACGGCCACCGGCGCAUUGCUGCGGUGACCGAUAAGCUCGUAGAGCUUGACAGUGUUUGUGUCAAGUUGCAGGCAGAGGAACGUUCUAUGGCGGAGGUGCGUCUGUUGUUUGACGCCUGUAUGGUAAAGUACCCAGAGAUGAGUGAGUAUUUGCAACUGGCUGCCCAGAUCGUUCACUCCCCCCUCUUUGAGCCUGCUAUAGUGAAAGUCCAGAACGAUCUCCCGCUUUCAUCUCCCGAGCAACAAGAAAUCGAGGCGUUCGUGCUUCCUACAAAUGAAUCAAGUCCUGCAGUGCGUCCUCGAGUUGAUUUUGCCUCAACCGUUCUCCGGCAGGCAAAGAAACGUCGACGCUCCGAGCAUGUUGUCGCUAAGUACGACCCUUUUUGGCAUGAAGUCCCUCCAACAAGUAACGCAUGCGAGCGUCUAUUUUCGGGGUGUAAGCUGGUCUUGACCUCUCUGCGUGCAUCAACCCUGACUGCAAACUUUGAGGUAAUGAUGCUUUUGAGGGCUAAUAUGAAGCUUUGGAACAGCGCAACUCUUCUCGGUUGCAUUGAGGAUGACGAGGAAGGGCAUCUUUAG